AUGUCAUUAUACUAUCAAUUAAAAAAAAAUAUAAUAGAACCAAAAAGAGAAAUAGAAUUCAAAAACUUUAAAAUUCGAAAUCGCUAUUUAGUUGUAAAACAACUAAAGAGUAGAAACAUAUUCCAAUUCUAAAAUAUGAGCUCAUUUAGUCCUAAUAGAGUUAAGCAACUACCCAAGUUAAGAUUACCGAGUUUUCCUAAUUCUGACAGCAAUCGAUAAUGCCUUGCUAAAAGUCCUUAGAACAUUCUUAAACAGGCUAUUCUCUAAUAACCUUACCUAUAAUUGCUUAGUUAAUAGAGCUAAGAUCUAAAUAAAUCAAUAACUUAAUAACGACAAAUUGAUAAGUCAAUUAAAAAAAAUAAAGGAAACCCUAUAUAUUAAGUUGAUGAUUUAAGCUUUGAGUAUAGAAUUCCGAAGUCUCUCAUGAAAUACUCAUUUUAAUUUAGUAACAAUAGAUAGUAAUAUAUUUUGCAUAAAAUAUAGAUUCAAUUUAAGUCCAACAAAUAAAUAAAUUUGA